AGAACGAGCGCAGCAGGCGGUUACAAAUGUGUGUGUGUGUGUGCGUGUGACAGAGAGAUACAUGCUUUCACUUUCACUCCCUGCCAUCCAUUGAUUUAGUGACGUGUCCAUACAACACAAAGAGUGUCCAUAACACACGAAACGACGACAUUAAGUCGACUUAAGAGAAAGAAAGAGAAACUCGAAGUCGAAGUCCGCCAUGGCGUUUGAGUAUCCUGCCGCAAGAAGAAAUGAGAGUCAGGUGGAUGACUACCAUGGAAAUAAGAUCUGCGACGCCUAUGCAUGGCUGGAGGACGCGGACAGUGCAGAGACAACGGCUUUUGUCGAGGAGCAGAACAAACUGACCAUGCCAUACCUGGAGCAGUGUGCUGUCCGGGAUCAGUUCCACCAGCGUCUCACUGAGCUCUACAACUAUCCAAAAUACAGCUGCCCCUUUAAGAGAGGGAAGAGGUUUUUCUUCUUUCACAAUAAAGGUCUGCAGAACCAGGAUGUGCUGUUUGUGCAGGACACUCUUGACAGCCCUGCCACAGUAUUCUUCGACCCAAAUACCCUCUCUGAAGAUGGCACUGUAGCACUGAAGAUGGGCCGCUUGUCUGAGGAGUGUGAGUACUUUGCGUAUGGUUUGAGCAGCAGCGGUUCAGACUGGGUAACAAUGCAUUUCAUGGUGGUUGAUGACCUCACCCCUCUGCCUGAUGUACUGGAGAGGGUUAAAUUCAGCUGCCUGGCCUGGACUCACGAUGCAAAGGGUAUCUUUUACAACAGCUACCCACCUCAAGAGGGCAAAGCUGAUGGCACGGAGACCACCACCAAUGUCAACCAGAAGCUCUACUACCACGUCAUUGGCACCAAACAGUCAGAGGACAUACUGGUCGCAGAGUUCCCCGAUCAUCCUAAGUGGCUCAGUUCAGUCAUUAUUACAGAUGAUGGCCGUUAUGCUGUUUUGUCCAUCAGUGAAGGAUGUCAGCCCGUCAACCGGCUAUGGUACUGUGACCUCCAGCAGCUCCCUGAAGGCAUCACAGGUGUGUUGCCAUGGGUCAAACUUGUGGACAACUUUGAUGCCCAGUACUCAUACAUCACCAAUGAGGGGACUGUAUUCACGUUCCGCUCCAACUUAGAUGCUCCCCGGUACCGUCUUAUCAACAUUGACAUCCAGAAACCAGACAUGCAGCACUGGACUACCCUCAUACCACAGCAUGACAAGGACGUAUUGGGCUUAGUCUCCUGUGUGAACCAGCACCACCUGCUGGUCAACUACAUCCAUGACGUGAAGGACAUCCUGCAGGUGUAUGAGCUGUCCUCGGGUCAGCUGGUCAGAGAUCUGCCCCUGGAUGUUGGAACCGUGGUUGGAGUGAGCUGCAAGAAGAAACACUCUGACUUCUUCUACAAGUUCACCUCGUUCACUACACCAGGUAUCAUUUACCACUGUGAUUUGAGCGAGUCAAACCCAGAGCCCAGUGUUUUCAGAGAAGUGGAGGUCAAAGGCAUCAAGCAAGAUGACUAUCAGACCAGCCAGGUGUUUUAUCCCAGUAAAGAUGGCACCAUGAUCCCCAUGUUCUUAGUUCAUGCUAAGGGCCUAAGGAAAGACGGGUCCCAUCCUGUUUUCCUGUACGGCUACGGAGGCUUCGAGGCUUCCAUACAACCACACUACGAUGUUGCGUACCUGCUCUAUGUGAGACACCUGGGAGGCAUCCUUGCAGUGGCAAACAUCAGAGGGGGUGGAGAGUACGGCCUCACCUGGCACAAAGGCGGCACUUUGGGAAACAAGCAGAACUGCUUUGAUGACUUCCAGUGUGCAGCCGAGUAUCUGAUCAAGGAGAAUUACACCACAGCCAGCCGUAUCGCCAUCAACGGAGCUUCUAAUGGAGGGCUGCUUGUGGGUGCAUGUGUGAACCAGCGUCCGGACCUGUUCGGCUGUGCUGUGGCAGAGGUGGGGGUGAUGGAUAUGCUGAAGUUCCACAAGUUCACUAUUGGCCAUGCCUGGACCACCGACUACGGCUGCUCUGAUGACCACGAGCAGUUCAAGUGGCUCAUCAAGUAUUCUCCUCUUCAUAACCUGCCUCAGCCUCCUUACUCAGGCACCCCAUACCCAGCCGUCCUGCUCCUGACAGCAGAUCAUGAUGACCGCGUGGUUCCUCUGCACACCCUGAAGUACUGCGCGGCCCUGCAGCAUGGAGUGGGCAGCAGCGCCGGGCAGCGUCAGCCUCUGAUGGUCAGAGUGGACACCUCCAGUGGGCACGGGGCCGGGAAACCCACCGCCAAACACAUCCUGGAGAACACGCACAUCUUCUCCUUCGUCGCUGAGACACUCGGGCUCAGCUGGAAGGACUGAGAAGAUUAGAGAAGUGAAGGGAGAUGAAAGGAAGAGUUGUUUGUUUGUUUGAUAAAAAAAAAAAAAAACACUUGAAUGUAAUCGUGAAACUAAAGAGUGAGGUAACAGAAGGAUUUAAGAGAAAACAAGGCUUAUGAGGUAAUGUACAAAAAUACCUACUUUGAAUGUUUACUGUAAUUCUGGGAUGACAUUUUAAUCUUAUAAAACCUAUCUGCACUAUGCUUAUUUUUUUUAUUAUAUUAUAUAUAGUGUUAAAAAUCAGAAUAUGAUCUUCUAAUUACAUCAAACUAGAACUAAAAUGUUCUGCAAUGUUCAAAAUCCUGCCUGUAUUUGAGUUGCCUGUUGUUUCUGACUUUUUCUUGAUUGAUUUUAACUUUUCUAAGGUCAAAUAAAGAAAAUAAAGUUUUUAAAUUCCCAAAAAUA